AUGUCUGACAAGGAUCUCCAAUCCUAUUGGAAUUUGGACAUUGGUUGUUUGUUGAUAGAAUGUUCGAAAGCCAUUAUUGUGAAGUUGGUUGGCAAAUCUGUGGGUCUCAACUACCUUCAUUCCAAGCUGAGUCAGCUGUGGAAACCAUCGGGAAGGCUUGACUGUGUGGACCUUGGUAAUAAUUUCUUCCUAACUCGUUUUUAUGUCAAGGAAGAUUUGGACAAUGUACUAAGGAAUGGACCAUGGUUUAUAGUAGACCACUUCCUCUCCCUCAGGCCAUGGGAACCAUUUUUUAAGCCUUCCUCAGCGAGCUUUUCUCUCAUUGCUGUUUGGAUAAGACUUUACGAGCUUCCUAUCGAGCUAUAUGAAGCGGAUAUUCUCAGGCCAAUUGGCGAAGCUAUUGGCAAGGUGCUUAGAAUUGAUAGUCACACGGCCAUGGAGGCUCGAGGUAAGUACGCCAGGUUGUGCGUUCAAAUUGAUGUCAAUAAGCCGUUGGUUAAUACUAUAUUAAUCGGUAAGUUUGAACAAGUCGUCUCCUACGAAGGUAUCCACAAACUUUGCUUCGCCUGUGGAAGGGUGGGUCAUCGCCAGGAGGCUUGCCCAUACGUGAUUCACAGAGGUAAACCGCCGGUAGCAGCGGAGGAGGUGAAUAAGGACGGACUGGAAGUUCGCUCACACAAUUUGCAUGAAGCCUGCGUCUCUGGCAAAUCCCAUGCAAUGCCAAAGGUGAGUGGAGCAGAGGACAUUGAAGGACAGUAUGGCCCUUGGAUGGUAGUGACUAGGAAAAAACAAAUUCAGAAGGGAACAAAGAAAGGAUCCGCUCCUGAGGGGUCCACCAGAUCAGCAUGGAAUUCUACGCAUGCCCAGGCAGCUGAAGGCGUUAGCAAUGCAACCAUUUUAAAGUCCCAGCCCACUGCGAGGCCAGUUGAUAGGCCUAAUGGGAUUGGGCUGAAGGCCCAUUCAGGUAUGGGCAGCAGUCAUGCUUUACCUCCGCAGGCCCAAAGAGGUUAG